AUGGCUUCUUAUUCUCCGGUCUUCGUGUUUCUUUUCCUUGGUUUCUUCAUUCUCUCUGUGUCUAAUGCUCAACAACCUUCAUCUUCUUCUCGGCCUAGCGGGCUGGUUUUCACUGUUAGCAGAGAUCCAUCUACACUGCAAUACCUCACAAAAAUCAGCAUAGGAAAAGUCCCUGUAAACGUGGUUGUUGAUCUCGGUCGUGAAUCUUCCUGGAUUUAUUCUAGCCGAGGUUGUGCAUCUGCAUCGAUUUCAGGAGCCAUGACCGCUCAAUCAAACAGUUUGAAGAAUGGAGAGUGGGUGUCAGGUCCAAAUGUUACGGCUCGUGGAAUUUCAUUCGGUUGCGAAGCAUCGGCUGGUGCUUUACGUGGACUUGCGAAAGGUGCUAGAGGAAUUAUUGGUCUUGGAAGAUCAGGAGUUUCUUUAACUUCACAAUUCGCAUCUGCAUUCCGGUUCUCUCGGAAAUUUUCCAUGGAACUAUCUUCAGCUAACGAAGGUACCUUGUACUUUGGUGACGGUCCUUACACUAACCAACAGUUCAGGCAGCCAUUAGCCUACACACCACUCCUCACCAACUCUUAUUUCUCUACCGACUAUUUCGUCGAUGUAAACUACAUUGAAAUCGGCAAUUCAAAUGUCACGUACAACAAAGGAUUACUGUCCAUUAACAAGAAAAAUGGAAUGGGAGGAACCAAAUUCAGCACUUUAGUUCCUUACACUACCAUGGAGACAUCAAUAUACAAGGCUUUCACAAGUCUUUAUAUUCAGAGAGCUAAAGCCAUGGGUAUUUCUGCGGUUUCUCCUGUCGCGCCUUUCAGUGCUUGUUUUAAUGCGUCGACGAUAGAAAGCAGACCAGAUGGUCUUGUUGUGCCAACGAUCGUCCUUGGAUUGCGCAGCGAUGCAUAUUGGCAGAUGACAGGGCCAGCUAAUUCUCUGAAGCUUGUUAAGGAUAAUGUCUACUGUUUGGCAUUUGUAGACGGAGGUUCGAAGCCAAAGACUUCAAUUGUUAUCGGCGGACAUCAGAUGCAAUUCAACAUUAUGGAGUUUGAUAUUCCAAGAUCAAGAUUGGGUUUCAGUCCACCGGUUCAAUUCUCUGAACUGUCUAUUCUGUUGCUGGGUCUAUUCUCAUUGUCGACACAGCUCACAUUCUUCAAUUGUAAUUUGUUACAGCUCUGUAUACUAAAAGCUGAUCGUCUCUUUGAGAUCAUUUAUAAGCUUUUACCUCAAAACAAACAUGUCGAGUCCCAUCCAGAUGAAUCAGGUGAUCUCAAUCAAAUCCUGACGAGUCGGAUGCAAGGAAAAAAGAAAAAAAGAACAUGUAGUGGAAGUUAG